ACUCCAGGAAGUGACGGACCCGCUGUUUCCAUAGUAACCGUGCGGCCUAUCACGGCGUAGAAUGGCCUGUCCCGCGCUCCUGCUGGGCUCCCAGGGGCCCCUGCUCUGUUUCCGGGCUCUCCGCGGCUUCCUGUCCCCGAGGCUCCUCCCCCGGAGAGCCCUGACCUACCGGCAGGGACAGAGCCCCGAGCCCCGGCUCCGAGAGUACUUCUAUUAUAUCGACCACCAGGGCCAGCUUUUCUUAGAUGAUGCGAAAGUAAAGAAUUUCAUUACCUGUUUCAAAGAUAAGCAAUUUCUAGUAUUUUUCUUCAAGCAAGUAAGGAGGAAUGAAACAGGCCGGUAUGAGGAUGAUUUCCCGUAUAUUUCCCCAUGUGGCAGAGAGAGGAAUUUCAUUCGCUGCGAUGACCGACCCAUAGUCUUCACACACCUGCUGUCCGAGCAGAGCACAGGGAGACAUGUCUUGUCCUACUGCGGGGGAGGAGAUAAACUCACUGUGAUGUUCGAACCUGAGAAACUUGUUAUGUUUCCGGAGAAUGGACGGGUUUACCACCCAGCUCCGGCCAAGUGUGGCGCUGUUGGACUUGUGAAAUCCUCCCUUGCAUUUGAACUGAGUCCUUGUUUUGAAUAUAGCAGUGAAUCCAAAACCGGUCAUCCAACUCACUUUAAUUGGGACGGUAAUCGCUACGCUCUAACCAACGAGCUGAUCCAACUCAUUGUUUAACAUUUUCGUAGAAUCAGAAGGACAUAAUCAAAUGUAUGAUUUCAUUGAAUGAACCCAGACUGCCAUAAAACCAAUAUUUAACUGGUUAAUAGCCUCUUAUUAUUAAACACAGAAAAGU